AGAUUUCCCCUAGGGAUGCCCCUUCUUGAUGUUUUUGAUUCAGUGGCCGAAGGGGUUUACAACAGGACGUUCACGUCCUUCGUUUUGUUUAUUUACUUAUUACCCUCGCUAAUGUAUAAUUACAACAGUGUGAUGAGCUCGACGGGAUUAAGAUUAAUUAAAAAAUCGAACUCGUGCCCUCAGGGAAUGAGAUGUCAGAAGUGUCUGGAGAUGGGACAUUGGAGUUACGAAUGUACAGGAAAACGAAAGUACCUUCACAGAUCAUCGAGGACAGUUCAGUUGAAGAGAGCACUGCAGGAGAUUGAAUCAAGAAAUUUAGACUCCAGGAAGACGGAACCUCCCCUGAGAAAAUCUAAGGCACCGAAGUCAGAAUCGUCAAGUAGCUCGAGUGAUCCUGAGUCCUCCAGUGACAGUGACACCAGCACCUCGAACUCGGGGUCUGACAGUGAUUCAGACUCCAGUUCCAGUAGUGAGAGCUCCUCGAGCUCCUCCAGUAGUUCGUCGAGCAGCUCCAGCAGUGACUCGGAGCCGUCGAGGAAACGUCGGAAAAAGCAGAAACGGAGUUCCUGA